UUGCAGCUUCGCCGUGUGGUCUGGCACGCUGUCGUUCAACGCGCCUGCCAACGCGUUUUUGGUGCUAACUCAGGUCAGCAUGCUGCCAAUGACGAUCGUAUUGAUCGAAUUCGUCGCUUGCGAACUCAAGUGGCCAGUGUAAUGGGUGCUAAAGAUUGGCUCUCGCUUGUCUGGCGUCGGUCUGUUAACUCUGGUCGGGGCCCCUUAAAUCCUGACUCCCUUGUAGAUGACUACCUCGAACCCCUUCGAAAGCGACUUCUCCCAUUAGGCACUAUUGAAUGGACUGUUCUGAAUGAAUGGUCGGAGUCGCAUCUCCGUAUACCCUCAGGGCUAGAGGCCUACGAUAUCCCCUAUGCAAUUACACAAUACAAUUUCCUCAUGUCGCUUGCCCCGGGUCGCAGUCUUGCCACAGACCCUCGAUACGAACGCGUUUUGCCCUUCGAGUCCACUGUGGAUGGCAUUUUCAAACGCAUUGGUGAGCUCUUUUCUCUGAAAGUCACCCGACUUCCCCAUGGUCAGGGAUUCUCAGCCCAGUUGGGUAUUCCUAGCAGUGUGGUCUAUGAGGUGGUUGAUGAUCUGGAGGAGAAAGGUUUCAAGCUGGGAGAAGUGCUGGUGGAUCUUACUCCUAAGUGA